AUGCCGAGCACGGUAAAGAGUCUGAAAGUUACGUAUAACGAUGCCAGCGAAAAAGGGACAUUUACGAACGGCGACUUCGUGAAUGGACAAGUCAUUUUGGAAGUCACCAAAGAGUGCAAAGUGGAAUCGCUUUAUGUGAAAUUCAAGGGCAAAGCCGAAGUGUUAUGGACCGAAAGACACGGCAAAACUACUGUAACUUAUCACUCCAAGAACAAGUACUUCAGCAUUAAACAUUACUUUAUCCAAGAGGGAAACGCCACUGGCAGUGAUUUACUUCCCCCAGGAUCGCAUGUCUUCUCCUUCAACUUUCAGUUCCCUUUGCAGGAAAUGCCCUCCUCCUUCACCGGUUCAGUUGGUAAAGUUGUGUACCUGCUGGAGACCAGGCUGAGUAGAUCCAUGAGGUUAAGCACAAAAGAUACCAUCAAGAUUCCCUUUGUGACAAAAGCAGUCCCUAACUCGUUGAAUGAACUAAUGACACCUCAACACGAAUCUAAGGAUAAAAAAAUGCAUUUGUUCAACUCGGGAACUGUGGCUAUGGAUGUUAAAAUAGAAAAAUCUGGUUUCUUCCCAGGAGAGGGCUUGAAGAUUAUAGCUUACAUUCAGAACAGCUCUUCUCGGGAAAUCAAACCCAAGUACUGCAUCUACAGAAAGCACAGCUUCUUUGCAAAGGGUAAGAGAAGACUUGAUACGAAAGACCUCCUUAAAGAGGUGGGAGAGCCUAUCCCUCCAUCAGCCAGCCUAACAGUCAACAGGGUCAUCACAAUUCCCCUGGAUGUGGAACCGUCCAUCCUCAACUGUGAAAUACUCAAAGUAGAGUACAGACUCAGGGUAUAUUUGGAUGUAAAGUACGCUUCAGACCCAGAGAUCAAAUUUCCCAUAACCAUUGUUCCAGUCUCUCAAGCAUCUGCCGUAUCAGCAAACAUGCUUUCCGCUUCUGGUGGAUUCGAAUUUGGAUCAUUCGGAUACCAAAACCCAACAUCCUGGGAUACUUUUUCAACACCGCAACCUUUCGAGCAACCGCCUGCUUAUGAAGAUCAUGGAAUAUACCCUUCUUUGAUGAAUUAUGGUAGUAAACAGUGA